CUUCCCUGCGGCCUCAUCCCGUAUGGCGACAAGGAGGUCUACUGCAAAACCUACAGGGCACUCAAACGCAUAUUCCCGCCGGCAUGAAAACGAAGCAGCCGCAGGCUCGCUGGCGAUCGACUGUCCGGCACAAACGACGCUGCGAGCCGAUGCAAGGCGGCUCGGCUGAUUGACGCAUGAGCCUCGGGGAGAACGGGUGAUUCAUGUGAUGCCGACGCUCAAUAAAAGCUGUCGGCCGCCCGCCUCGACCGGCCUUCCACAUCUGCCCACGAUGAAGUUGCCCCUCUCCGAAGGCAUCUCGACCGAGAUCGAGGCGGCUCUCGAGCUCGAAUAUAUCGAUGCCGAUCUCUACAGAAGCAGACAUCUCUGGCUUCCCGUGGGGGCUCGCGGUGUAUAUGGCGGCCAGGUCGUUGGCUUGGCUCUUGCUGCCGCCACAAAGACAGUUCCUCCCACGCAUCACGUCCAUUCUCUCCAUUCCUACUUUAUUCUCCCCGGCGAUGCAAACAUCCCCAUCAUCUACAAGGUGAUUCGCGUGAGAGACGGACGAACCUACGUCACCCGCAUCGUGAACGCCAGCCAGAAGGGCAAGAUCAUAUUUUCUUGCAUCUGUUCUUUCCAAACAUCCGAGGAUAACGCCCUCGAUCACCAGUACGAGAUGCCCCAAGCACCCCAUCCAGACUCUAUUCCCUCCGAGGAAGAUGAACUGAACUAUCUGCUCAAGCACCCGGAAGUGUCGUCCAGCUCUGCUAGUCUGAUCAAGAUGAGGCUGAAGCAGCCUAUCCCGAUCGAGGCCAAGCUCAUUCGCGAGACUGUCGAACCGCUUUCGGCCUGGCGAGCCCCGGAGAAACGAAAGCCAAAGCAGCUGGCCUGGAUGCGUGCCAAGGGCAAGCUCCCCGAUGCACUCUCUGUUCAUCAUUGCGUUGCGGCCUACUGUUCCGACUAUUAUCUGCUCAACACGAGCCUUCUUCCCCACGGAAUCACUCGAUUCUCGACUCCAAGGCUCCAAAUGAUCGCCAGCCUGGACCAUACCAUUUGGUUCCAUGAGCCUUUUAGGGCGGACGAAUGGCUCCUCUACGAAAUGGAGAGCUCGAGAACGUGCGGCGGUCGUGGCUUGACAUUCGGACGCAUCUUUACUAUGGAUGGACGCCUCGUCAUGUCUUGUGCCCAAGAGGGCGUCAUCCGAAUCGAGAAGAUAUCCAAGGGCAUCUCGGACAGCCCUGGAAACCAAGACGACGAAAGCGGCAACACCGUUGCAGCCAAGCUUUGAGCAUGUCCCCAUCCCCAACACUCCUCCCUCGCUCCAGUGCCCAUGCUGUUGUGUGCUCUGGCCCAGCACCUUGAUCCGCUUCCUUAAUUUUAUCUUCAUCCACGCACUCCCCCGCCUUGUGCCGGCAACGGCUUCGUCGAGAGCCGUUGCUUUGUCGCUCUGGCUAUAUAAAAGGCAAUCAUCGAUUGGAUUUCCUCA